AUGGUUGUUGUCUUCAUGGGGACUGUGAGGAUGUCCCAGAUGUGGAUGCUGAGAUGGGUCAUCCUACUGAUGAUGGGGCUACAGACUAUACAAGCAGACUCUAUGGGAAAUAAUAUUGAAGGCAUGAUGACAACAGCAACUGUGUUCCCUCCCAGCUUGAAAACUGUGAUGGUAACGGAAGCACAACCAAAUCCUGAUCAUCGGUCCACGAUCUGCAGCACUUGGGGAAAUUUCCACUUAAAGACCUUUGAUGGUCAUUUCUUUCAAGUGCCAGAUACGUGCAACUACAUUCUGGCAGUGAUGUGUAAUGAUAGAGCACCCGAUUUUAACAUCCAGAUGCAAAGAGAGACUGUAAAUGGCUCAAUCAUUUUCAGCAAAAUCACAGUAAAUCUGCAGGGGACAGUCAUUGAACUCACCAACAGUAACAUCAUUAUGGACGGUCAAGUGUUGUACAAUACAACCACUAAGGAUGGAAUUGCAGUCACGUUCAGUGCAUCAAGUGUUAAGGUCUCAAAAAAAUAUGAAGUGACUGUCUUUUUUGAAAAGGACCGAUCUUUGUUGAUUGAACUUUCUGACAAUUACCGAGGCCAGACCUGUGGACUCUGUGGAAACUUCAAUGGCAACGAGACGGAUGAUUCAAUUGACAGUGAUGAUCUGGCCAAAUUGAAAGUGCACUCACCUGAAUCCUGUGUGGAAGUCGAUCUUCACAAUAACGAUCACUGUGAAAAUCAGACAAAUAUUUGCCAGCAGUAUCUUAGCAGUCCGGGGUUUAGUGACUGUUACAGGGUGAUGGACAUGAAUUCAUUUGAAAAAGCCUGUGUAGACGAUCUGUGUCAGUGUUUCGGCAACCACGACUGUCUCUGCAAUACACUCACAGAGAUUUCACGACAGUGCACACAUGCUGGAGGAAAACCAGGAACAUGGAGGACCGAAGAGCUCUGUCCAAUGACAUGCCCUCUAAACAUGGAAUACCUGGAGUGUGGCAAUCCAUGCAAGAACACCUGCUCACAUCCACAUGCAAGUCUACAAUGUACAGAACACUGUGUGGAUGGCUGUUUCUGCCCUGAUGGCACCGUUGAGGAUGACAUUGGUAAGAAAGGUUGUAUUCCUGUGAAUGAGUGCUCAUGUUUGCACAAUGGCAACAUAUACCUAUCAGGAGAGUCAUACACACAAGCUUGUAAAACAUGUGAGUGUGCUGCUGGACACUGGAACUGCACAGAUCUGGAAUGUCCCGGAAUCUGCUCUGUUGUGGGAGGGUCUCAUAUCAUUACUUAUGAUAGAAAAAAAUUUACCUUUGAUGGCAACUGUGACUAUAUCCUCACUAAGCACUCUAAUGACAGCGACAUUGCGGUGGUGGGAAAUCUGGCACAGUGUGAUCAGGACCAAACAGCAACAUGUCUAAAUUCAGUUACUCUUGUCAUCUCAGCGACCACUAUUAGCUUUUCCUCCAGUGGAACCAUAAUGAAUGAAAACAUUCCAUAUCUGCUUCCUGUCACUAAAGGUCCUGUGAGCAUCUUCAAACCCUCUUCCUCCUUCAUCAUUGCUGAAAUGAAUAGUCUUCGUCUAGAGAUCCAGUUGGCUCCAGUCAUGCAGUUGUAUAUUGUAGCCAGCACUGAAGAGAAAGGGAAGAUGAGUGGUCUGUGUGGCAACUAUAAUGACAACCAAGAAGACGACUUUAAAAUGGAAUCAGGAAUUAUAGAGGACACAUCACCAACCUUUGUCAACUUAUGGAAGAAAAAUGCAUACAGUUGUACAGAUGUUAAAAACACAGUUUUUUCAGAUAAUCCCUGUAGUGUGGCUUCGAACACAGAGAAAACAGCUAAAGACUGGUGUUCUCGUCUCACAAACCCAAAUGGAGUGUUUUCCCCAUGUCAUUCAGAAAUAUGUCCUCUGAGUUACUACGAAUGGUGUGUUUAUGACACCUGCAAAUGUAAAGAUGUUAAGAAGUGUAUGUGUGCAGCCGUGUCCAACUAUGCCCACGCCUGUGCUGCCAGAGGAAUCAUUCUCCAGGGCUGGAUGGAUUUAGAACCGUGUGGUACAGUGACUGAGUGUUCAGGCAACAUGCAGUACUCUUACGGCGUGACCAGCUGUGGCAGCACCUGCCGCCUUCUCAGUGUACCUGUUUACAAUUGCUCAGUGUCCUUCACACCUGUAUUUGGCUGUGUCUGUCCUAAAGACACCUACCUCAACGAACAAGGCAGCUGUGUGCCUGCUCACCAGUGUCCUUGUUAUGAUGGUUACAAAGUCAUAGAUCCAUCAGAAAUAUUCUACAGUAAUGGUGUUACAUGCACAUGUACCCAUGGCAAAUUGCACUGCUCCAGUCAAGAAGACUGUGUGGCUCCAAUGACAUUCUUCAAAUGCUUAAAUCCUGGAAAAAGAGGGACAGAGUGUCAGAGGACAUGUGAGAAACAAGACCUAAACAGUUGUGUGAGCACAGGCUGUGUAUCAGGGUGUAUGUGUCCAGAUGACCUUCUGGCUGACGGAAAAGGUGGGUGUGUGACGAGAGAAAAAUGUCCAUGUUCCCAUAAUGGAGUCACCUACUCACCUGGAGAUAAAGUUCAACAGGACUGUAACACCUGCACAUGUAAAAAUGGGAUGUGGACUUGUACUGAAAAGGUGUGCUACGGCACCUGUACCAUCUACGGCGAUGGUCAUUUCAGGACUUUUGAUGGCAAGAGAUAUUUCUUCCACGGAGACUGUGAACACACCAUAGCCCAGGAUUAUUGCAAUAUAUACGAGACUCUCUCCUUUAGCCUUGUCGCAGAGAACAAAUUCAGUGAGACCACCAACAACAUGUACAAGUCUGUCAGUCUCUUGUUUGGGCAAUACAUGAUACAUUUGUCAGAGGAUGGAGUAAAAGUUGUUAAAAGCAAUGGUACUGAUGGCGAAUAUCAAAUCUAUACUGCUGGGAUAUACAUUAUUACAGAGGUCAAAGGUUUUUUUAACUUAAUCUGGGACAAUAAAACAAGUCUAACGGUCCAACUCCAUCCCAAAUUUAAGGGCAAAGUGUGUGGACUGUGUGGAAACUUUGAUGAUAAUGCAAACAAUGACUUUAUGAAGUACAAUGGAGAAGUGGUGACGGAUCCAGAGGACUUUGGGAAAAGCUGGAGGGUGGAUCCCAAAUGCCAAGACAAGACAAAUAUGAUGGAACCUUGUGAAAUAAAUCUACAUCGGAGAGCCCUGGCUGAAAAACGAUGCCGCAUCAUUAAUAGUGAUGUCUUUAAGGAAUGUAAUGCAGCUGUGGAUGCUGCUCCAUACUAUGAAGCUUGUGUACAGGACAUCUAUACAUGUGGCACUGUGGGUGACACUGAUUGUUUCUGUACUGCAGUGGCAGCUUACGCUGCUGAAUGUCGUAAAAAGGGGGUUUGUGUGACAUGGCGGACCCCAAAUAUUUGCCAUGUUUGCUGUGACUACUACAACAACCCUUCAGAUGAAUGUGAGUGGCACUAUAAAUCCUGUGCUGAACCCUGCAUAAAAACCUGCAGAAACCCAUUAGGACACUGCUCUAAUCAAAUUCCUCUUCUUGAAGGAUGCUUUCCUGACUGUCCUUCAGAUAAGCCAUAUCUAAAUGAGAUAACAAUGACGUGUGUUGAAUCUUGUACUACUACAACAACAACAUCUACAGAGACACCUACAACCACUUCCACCACUACAACAACUCCUACAACAACAACAACAACAUCAACAUCAACAGAGACACCUACAACCACUUCCACUACUACAACAACUCCUACAACAUCAACAGAGACACCUACAACCACUUCCACUACUACAACAACAUCAACAGAGACACCUACAACCACUUCCACUGCUACAACAACUCCUACUACAACGACAACAUCAACAGAGACACCUACAACCACUUCCAUUACUACAUCUACUGUAACAACAACAUCUACAGAGACAGAAUCAACACCUUCUACAACAACAUCAACAGAGACACCUACAACCACUUCCACUACUCCAACAACUACUACAACAACAUCUACAGAGACACCUUCAACCACUUCCAUUACUACAACAUCUACUGUAACAACAACACCUAAAAUAUCUUGUAACCACACCUAUGGUUGUGAGUGGUCGAACUGGUCAGACAACAGCCCAGCCAGUAUAGAACGCAAAGGACUGGAAUCCGAAUCCAUUGAUGCUUUGUUAGCUUCACAAAACAAAAGCUGUCACAAAGUAGUAGACAUUGAAUGCAGAGCGGUGGAUUAUCCAGAUACGCCCUUGAGCGAGUUGCAGCAAACCGUGCAUUGUAAUGCAUCCUAUGGUCUGAUGUGUUCAAAUCAAGAGAAUUUAAACCGCUGGAGACGAUUUUGUUUAAAUUAUGAAAUACGUAUAUGUUGCUGUCCUCCACCCCCUACGCCAAUUACAACAUCUACUGUAACAACAACAUCUACAGAGACAGAAUCAACACCUUCUACAACAACAGAGACACCUACAACAACUUCCAUCACUACAACAACUACUGUAACAACAACAUCUACAGAGACAGAAUUAACAUCUUCUACAACAACACCAACAGAGACACCUACAACCACUUCCAUUACUACAACAUCUACUGUAACAACAACAUCAACAGAGACACCUACAACCACUACCAUUACUACAACAUCUACUGUAACAACAACACCUACAGAAUCAACACCUUCUACAGCUACAUCAACAGAGACACCUACAACCACUACCAUUACUACAACAUCUACUGUAACAACAACAUCUACAGAGACAGAAUCGACACCUUCUACAACAACAUCAACAGAGACACCUACAACCACUUCCACUACUCCAACAACUACUACAACAACAUCUACAGAGACACCUUCAACCACUUCCAUUACUACAACAUCUACUGUAACAACAACAUCUACAGAGACAGAAUCAACACUUUCUACAACAACAUCAACAGAGACACCUACAACCACUUCCACUACUCCAACAACUACUACAACAACAUCUACAGAGACACCUUCAACCACUUCCAUUACUACAACAUCUACUGUAACAACAACAUCAACAGAGACACCUACAACCACUACCAUUACUACAACAUCUACUGUAACAACAACACCUACAGAAUCAACACCUUCUACAGCUACAUCAACAGAGACACCUACAACCACUACCAUUACUACAACAUCUACUGUAACAACAACAUCUACAGAGACAGAAUCGACACCUUCUACAACAACAUCAACAGAGACACCUACAACCACUUCCACUACUCCAACAACUACUACAACAACAUCUACAGAGACACCUUCAACCACUUCCAUUACUACAACAUCUACUGUAACAACAACAUCUACAGAGACAGAAUCAACACCUUCUACAACAACAUCAACAGAGACACCUACAACCACUUCCACUACUCCAACAACUACUACAACAACAUCUACAGAGACACCUUCAACCACUUCCAUUACUACAACAUCUACUGUAACAACAACAUCAACAGAGACACCUACAACCACUACCAUUACUACAACAUCUACUGUAACAACAACACCUACAGAAUCAACACCUUCUACAACUACAUCAACAGAGACACCUACAACCACUACCAUUACUACAACACCUACUGUAACAACAACAUCUACAGAGACAGAAUCGACACCUUCUACAACAACAUCAACAGAGACACCUAUAACCACUUCCACUACUCCAACAACUACUACAACAACAUCUACAGAGACACCUUCAACCACUUCCAUUACUACAACAUCUACUGUAACAACAACAUCUACAGAGACAGAAUCAACACCUUCUACAACAACAUCAACAGAGACACCUACAACCACUUCCACUACUCCAACAACUACUACAACAACAUCUACAGAGACACCUUCAACCACUUCCAUUACUACAACAUCUACUGUAACAACAUCUACAGAGACAGAAUCAACACCUUCUACAACAACAUCAACAGAGACACCUACAACCACUUCCACUACUCCAACAACUACUACAACAACAUCUACAGAGACACCUUCAACCACUACCAUUACUACAACAUCUACUGUAACAACAACAUCUACAGAGACACCUCCAACCACUUCCAUUACUACAACAUCUACUGUAACAACAACACCUACAGAAUCAACACCUUCUACAACAACAUCAACAGAGACACCUACAACCACUACCAUUACUACAACAUCUACUGUAACAACAACACCUACAGAAUCAACACCUUCUACAACUACAUCAACAGAGACACCUACAACCACUACCAUUACUACAACAUCUACUGUAACAACAACAUCUACAGAGACAGAAUCGACACCUUCUACAACAACAUCAACAGAGACACCUACAACCACUUCCACUACUCCAACAACUACUACAACAACAUCUACAGAGACACCUUCAACCACUUCCAUUACUACAACAUCUACUGUAACAACAACACCUACAGAAUCAACACCUUCUACAGCUACAUCAACAGAGACACCUACAACCACUACCAUUACUACAACAUCUACUGUAACAACAACAUCUACUGUAACAACAACAUCUACAGAGACACCUUCAACCACUUCCAUUACUACAACAUCUACUGUAACAACAACAUCUACAGAGACAGAAUCAACACCUUCUACAACAACAUCAACAGAGACACCUACAACCACUUCCACUACUCCAACAACUACUACAACAACAUCUACAGAGACACCUUCAACCACUUCCAUUACUACAACAUCUACUGUAACAACAACAUCAACAGAGACACCUACAACCACUACCAUUACUACAACAUCUACUGUAACAACAACACCUACAGAAUCAACACCUUCUACAACUACAUCAACAGAGACACCUACAACCACUACCAUUACUACAACACCUACUGUAACAACAUCUACAGAGACAGAAUCGACACCUUCUACAACAACAUCAACAGAGACACCUACAACCACUUCCACUACUCCAACAACUACUACAACAACAUCUACAGAGACACCUUCAACCACUUCCAUUACUACAACAUCUACUGUAACAACAUCUACAGAGACAGAAUCAACACCUUCUACAACAACAUCAACAGAGACACCUACAACCACUUCCACUACUCCAACAACUACUACAACAACAUCUACAGAGACACCUUCAACCACUACCAUUACUACAACAUCUACUGUAACAACAACAUCUACAGAGACACCUCCAACCACUUCCAUUACUACAACAUCUACUGUAACAACAACACCUACAGAAUCAACACCUUCUACAACAACAUCAACAGAGACACCUACAACCACUACCAUUACUACAACAUCUACUGUAACAACAACACCUACAGAAUCAACACCUUCUACAACUACAUCAACAGAGACACCUACAACCACUACCAUUACUACAACAUCUACUGUAACAACAACAUCUACAGAGACAGAAUCAACACCUUCUACAACAACAUCAACAGAGACACCUACAACCACUUCCACUACUCCAAUAACUACUACAACAACAUCUACAGAGACACCUUCAACCACUACCAUUACUACAACAUCUACUGUAACAACAACAUCUACAGAGACAUCUCCAACCACUUCCAUUACUACAACAUCUACUGUAACAACAACACCUACAGAAUCAACACCUUCUACAACAACAUCAACAGAGACACCUACAACCACUACCAUUACUACAACAUCUACUGUAACAACAACACCUACAGAAUCAACACCUUCUACAACAACAUCAACAGAGACACCUACAACCACUACCAUUACUACAACAUCUACUGUAACAACAACACUUACAGAAUCAACACCUUCUACAACAACAUCAACAGAGACACCUACAACCACUACCAUUACUACAACAUCUACUGUAACAACAACACCUACAGAAUCAACACCUUCUACAACAACAUCAACAGAGACACCUACAACCACUACCAUUACUACAACAUCUACUGUAACAACAACACCUACAGAAUCAACACCUUCUACAACAACAUCAACAGAGACACCUACAACCACUUCCACUACUCCAACAACUACUACAACAUCUACAGAGACACCUUCAACCACUUCCAUUACUACAACAUCUACUGUAACAACAACACCUACAGAAUCAACACCUUCUACAACAACAUCAACAGAGACACCUACAACCACUACCAUUACUACAACAUCUACUGUAACAACAACACCUACAGAAUCAACACCUUCUACAACAACAUCAACAGAGACACCUACAACCACUUCCACUACUCCAACAACUACUACAACAACAUCUACAGAGACACCUUCAACCACUUCCAUUACUACAACAUCUACUGUAACAACAACACCUACAGAAUCAACACCUUCUACAACAACAUCAACAGAGACACCUACAACCACUUCCAUUACUACACCAUCUACUUGUGAGCCAACAGAUAAUAUCAUACCUGACUGUGUUAAUGGAUUUCCACCUGAGAGAGUCUAUUAUAACAAUGGCCGCUGUUCCAAGUAUGAGUGUCCUUGUAUAUGCAGCAGCUGGGGGGACCCUCAUUACUUAACCUUUGAUGGAAAAUAUUAUACUUUCCAAGGAAACUGCACUUAUGUUUUGUUCCAAGAAAUCAUUCCAAGAUACAAUAUCAGUGUCCAUGUUAAAAACUAUUAUUGUGAUGUUAAAAAAAAUCUUGCCUGCCCUGAGUAUGUGAUUGUGAACUACAAAUCCUAUCAAAUAAAGCUAACAAGCAACACUAAAGUGGUCAAGGUUUAUGUUAACAAUGUUGAGAUGAAGCCAACAAUCCAACUGGGAGAUUUAAUCAUCACCACUACUGACAUUACAGUGCUUGUGAAUGCAUCUGAUAUUAAAGCUGAGAUUUUAGUCAGUAAUCUAGCUGUUUCUGUCAAACUCCCAUUCUCUUACUUCCGUAAUAAUACUGAGGGACAUUGUGGGGUUUGUGACAAUAGUACAGCAAAUGACUGCAGACUCCCUAAUGGAACAAUUGACAAAUCUUGUGAGAACAUGGCACGGUUUUGGAUGCUACCCCCAGGAUGCAAUCCUCCUGUUGUACGUCCAAGUCCUACUUGUGCACCAGAAAUGUACAAUGCCUGUGAACUCAUCAAGGGCAAAUUAUUUAAAAAAUGCCAUGAGGUCAUUCCAUAUCAAAGCUAUUAUGAUGCAUGCAAUUAUGAUGUGUGCGCCCUUCAAAAUAAAUCUGCUGUGUGUAUCAGCCUGGAGGCCUAUGCACAGAAAUGUGGCCAACAGUCUGUCUGUGUGGACUGGAAAAAUUCAGCUGACCUUAAAGGGUUAUGUGAAUACAAGUGCCCGAGUCACAAAGUAUACAAGGGGUGUGGGCCUAAAAUAGAAAAAACCUGCAGUACAAGAUACAAUGAUGAGUUCGUGGAAAAUGAUUGCCAAGGCAAAAAUUGUCAAAAAAUGUUCAUGGAAGGUUGUUUCUGUCCUGACAACACAUAUCUAGUUAGUUCAACAAUAGAUAAAUGUACACCUAACUGCGAUUGCAUGGGCCCUGAUGGAUUACCUAGAUUGCCUGGGCAAAGAUGGACCUUUAACUGUACGAUGUACCACUGCUCCAAUGAGAGCUUUGGCAUUGUGAAAGAGCCUAUUAUGUGCCCUACCAUAAAACCUUGUGGCCAUGAAUACAAAACAACAAUUGAAAACUGCUGUCCAACAUGUGUGUGUGAUCUCGAGCUGUGUCUUCAGAAGAAAUGUGAUGUGGGAUUUGAGUUAGCAGCAACUGCGACCAAUAAUAGUUGCUGUCCACCCUGUGUGCGCAAAAAAGUCUGUGUGCACAAUAACACUGAGUACCAGCCUGAAGCUAAAGUCCCUGCGGAUCCUUGUGACGAAUGUUACUGUAAAAUGGAUCAAAGGACUCAACUGUAUGAUGUAAACUGCAGUUCUAUAGACUGUCCAUCUUGCUCUCUGGGGUUUGAAUAUGUGGAACAAAAUGGAGAGUGCUGUGGAUCAUGUAAACAAAGAUUCUGUAUUUAUGAUGCGCCAGAUAACACCAGACGUUUUCUCAAGGAUCAAGAGGGGUACAAGUUCAAAUGUACGACUGCUACCUGCCGUGAAAUUAAUGGCACAUUUGUGGUUAUGGAGAGCAUUAAAAAAUGCCCUGAAUUUAAUCCAAAGGACUGUGAGCCUGGAACAUUAACAUUUGACCAAGAUGGAUGUUGCCAGAUCUGUAAGUCCAGGAACUGCGUUCUUCAGAAGAACGUCACCCAUCUGCAUGUUGAUGGUUGCACUUCCAUCGAGGCUGUAGAAGUUACAUCCUGCACUGGCCACUGUGACUCCAAAUCAAUGUAUUCAGUGGACACAAAGACCAUGAUGCACAGCUGCUUAUGUUGCCAAGAGGAGAAAGUCAACCAUCGAAAGGUGACGCUGAAGUGUGCCAACAGCGAGACUGUUCAUGACUACAUGUACAUAGAGAGCUGCAAAUGCACUGCAUGUGUACACUAGACGACCUCUGGAUAAAAGGCCCUGCUUUAGCUUGACUACUGCUGAUUUAAACAUGACUCAAUGUCAUGUAAAAAAAAAAAACUUUUAAAAAAUAUAAGAGAGAAUGAUUUAAGCUGAUUACUGCAGUUCAUUAAUAGCUAAAAUUAUUUUAGCAAAUAAUGCACCAUUUAUUUUUUCUUAAUCUAUGGUUAACUCCAAGCAUAAUCUGUUUAGUUAUCUCUCAAAGGGGAUUCUGGUCAUUUCUUUUAUUCUUUACAAUGUUUAGUAGUGCAUGAUAUAAUGUUGUACUUUUUCUUCCAAUUAAAUGAAUUAUAAUCAAUAAAGCAUAAU